AUGAAUCACACACACACACAAAGCAAUUUUCUGCAAAAAAAAACAAACUAUCAAACUAUCGAAUCACAUUUUCUUUCUGCAAAUAAUACGAUAUAAAAUAUGGACACUGUACAAGUUUAUUAUACAAAUUUCGAAUCCAAACCACCUGUACGUGAUAUUUGUUGGAAAGAUUGUGGUUUCACUAUGAAGAAUCAUGUUUUUCCAUUCCCACAAGAUGGUUCUGGUCAUAUUUUUGAAUUUAAAAUUUGGCAAAAAAUUACUACAACACCUAGCAGUCUAGUAGUAGUGGAAAAAAACAACGUGACCAAAAAAAAUUCAUGUGAUAAAGAAUAUUCGUAUCCUAAAGAAGAAUAUACAGCCGAAAUACAUAAAGUACAAUUGAGUGCCAUUCGUGUAAUGCGUUCAUAUUUUCCAUGCAUACUUACAUUUAAAAUCCAUCGACGUCCAAUUUAUUAUCGUAUUAAAUUUUCACAUGAUCUAAAUUUAAAAUGGUUAAUUGGCUGCAUAAUGAGUGAAAUUAGUUGUUUCACUUGGGAUAAAAAAUAUACUGAUCUUAGCGAUCGUCGUUUUGUAUUGGAGAAUAAAAUUUUACGUAUGAUACAUCAACAAAUGAAAAUGCAAGGACUUUGUUGCCGUCAACAAGUUAAAAAUAAUGAAAUUAUCGAAUCAAAAUCCGAUACAGUAGUACCAGCAGCUGAAGUAUCAGCACUAGAAUGCCUUUAUGAUUCUGAUGAAACGGAUGAAUCUAAUGACACCGAUGAUGAUGAUGAUGAUAUAAAACCGAUGAUGAUGAUAAAACAGAAAAUGAUUCUCAUGGCGAUAUUUUUGUUUGUGAAAUAGAUGAUGAAAAGUUUAAAUUUUCUAUUCUUAAUUUUCUUAAUUUUGGCUGCAUUCAGAAAAAAAAGGCUUGUUUAUGAAUGAAUUGUGUAAUGAAUCAAAGGAACAAAGAACUUCUGAAUAUAGUAGUAAUUUUCUUAUCGUUUUUUCAUUCUUCUUG